AUAUACUUUUUUUUUUUUUAUUAUUAUUUUUAUUAUUUAUUUUAAAUAUAUUAUGCGUGUAAAAUAUAAACUAUUUACUAAAUGUGCGAAUCAUGAUCCAUUUAACGCGUAGAGAUGUACCUACAUUUUUACGCCUUUGAUUUCAUCGUUAUUCAUCGUUCACCAACAUGUAUUUUCUGCGACUGCAUUUGUACAUCGUAAGUAAUUGUCGUGUUCCGAUUGAAAAAAAAAAAUGAAAACAAAAUAAACGUUUCUAAUAGAGAGUAUGCUGUUGUUUAUUAAUUAAUGCCGGGUCUGAUACAACGCGGUGUACGCCCGCGUUCAUCGUAUUUAUAUUGUUAAACGGGACGAUAGCCAUAAUCGUGUUGCGCCGCUAAAACCAAUGGUUUCACCGGUUGUCGCGCCCGCGGAACGACGACUACAACAACAAUAACGCCUGUUUGCUCGCCUCCGGGUGGAGGCACAGCGGCCAACAUUGGUCGACCGCCACGCUAUCAGCGGACCUCCUCCACCGUUUCCCACCGACGACUCGGACUCGUAUCUCGUACCCGUAACGGGACGCGCAGCAACAAACGUCCGUGCUGUUAUCAGAUGAUAUUUGGUAAAUAACAUAUUAUAAUAAUAAUAGUAAUACACACUGUUGUGUUUCGUGUUGAUGCCGCUGUGCGUUUCGUGCACACCGAUGCGCGUGUGUUACGACGUGCAAAUCUUAAUUGCCGCUCUGCGUUCAUCAUAACGUUAUCGUGUUGCGCACGGUCAACAUAAUACUGCGAUGCAUUGCAGCGAAUUGUACGGCACGCGUCCAACAACUUGAUAAUCGUUCCGACGGCGAUCGUCCCAUUGUCGCGAUGCGUUUUCGCACUUGUGUGCCCGUUUCUGCAUCCGCCGCCGCCGCCGCCGCCGCCAUCAUCGUUCUUUGCAUUGUUUGCCUUUGGGAAUACACCGGUGUAGAAUAGCGCGACAAUCGCCGCGAUCUCGACUUUUGGAGCGCCGUCGUCCCAAUGGAACCCGUUGGCCGCACUAAUAACUCUAGCUCGACGACGGCCACUGCUGCCAGCGUCACCUCGGCCGUUGUCGGACUCUUGCUGACACCCGCUCGGACUUCGGUCGACGUUAAUAUUCCAAAGACAACCGCGUUGGUCCACAGUGAUAAUCAUGUAGUGCCUUUGCAACACUGCAGCACCAGCACCAAUGUCGUACAUCACCAAUAUUCUCCUAUUAUUUUACCACCGCCACCAUCCACGGUAUUGAUCCGUUCUACUCAGACCAAUUCAUUGUUGCCCGCAUCGCCUCAGCUAAUGCUGUCGACAAUAGCAACAACAACCUCAGGAGUAGUAUCACAUUUUCAACCGCAUGGUAACGGAUCUCAUCAAUUAGUUACUGCUUCCACUGUACCUGUGUCUGCCGCUCUUCCAGUCAUGCCUACUUCAAACAUUACUUCUGCUGGUAUGGCUUUAAGUCCUUUUGGUAUUUUGCCCCAUGAGCGGGUAGUACCACAUCAUACUCUUCAUUAUCGUCAUCAGCCCAAAAAACUGAUGUCCUCGUCAUCAUCUAAAACACUUAUGGAUCCUAGUAACUCUAAUAAUCCUCAAAUAUUAACUACACCGGUUAUCCAUUCUCAACGAUUUUAUAUUGAACCACCAUCUCAUGUUAGUAACAAAAUGAAACAGUACGACAACAUUCAGCAACAACAUAUUAGAACCAAAAAUGUCCAUAGUAUCUCAGAUAAAAGUGUACCAGUUGUAUCCAGUCCAUAUAAUGUACAAUCAUAUGAACAACGUUACCAACCAAGAACUUCACCACAACAAGUCGGUUACUUAUCAGUUAUUACUCGUACAGCUGUAACAACAACAAACAGUGUUGUUUUAAAUGAUGUAAUAGCAUCAAAUAGUAAUUAUUAUCCACCCCAACCUAUACCGUUGCAGUCAAAAACAUCUGAUAAUCAAGAUAGGCAGUACUAUCAUUUUGACAGUACAGUCUCUGCAAGCCAUACACCUCAACAGCAGUUGGAUAAUAUCUUAUUAAUGGGAACUCCAGUUCAACGAGGCGAUCCUAUGCAUAUUGUUAAAAAUUUACAAUCUAUGCAGACAGACAUUGAUGGUUAUGGUGUUAAAAAAAUGAUUGAACAACCACCUAGGUUAUUGACUACUGAUAAUUGUAAAACUAUAGGAUUCACUGGUAUUUUAAGUAAUGGUAGUAAAACCAUAACUGACCAUCAGCACCAACAUCUUCAAUCGCUACCUAAAUCUUCUGUGAUCGACCCAUCAGCAACAUACAAUGGCCAAUACUUCAUUAGACGCCAGCCACCUCCUGCACACCUUCAUCAGCAUCAAAAUCAACCACAUUUACAACAACAUAUAGUCACUGGUAAUACUAAAAUUUUAUCUACUCCUACCUCUUUAUCUGUUUUAUCUGCUAAUGGAAACACACCUUUGGAUGUACAGCAGUACCAACGUCACCUACGUUGGAAUUUAGAUCAACAAAGACCACCUGUUGUAUCGACCUCAUCUUGUUUUUCAGGAAAUAUUUCUUCAGGUGUAUUUCAUCAGCCAUCACUGCAACAUCAGCAAUUCAACAAUGUACCUUCAACAUUCAACGUGCCACCAUCAACAUCAAUUAUUCAUCAAAAUCAACAGCAAUUAUCACAACCAGUUCAACAUAAUAAUUUCAAUGCAUUAUCAAUAAAUCCUACAUAUUAUAAUCCUGCAUCUACAAUUGUGUCAACUUUUGUCACUUCUGUAGCAACAACCAACUCAUCAAUAUCAUCAUAUAGUCGACCACAUCAGGUUAAUCAGCCCCAACAUUCCAACAAUUUUCAAGAAAUCACUAAUAAUGUACAUGAUGGGAAUUAUAUAGCAAGUAACGAUACUAGAUCAUCAUCUUUACCUCAUGUUAUAGUUCCUAAUAUUGAACAAGAAUUGAGUCAUCUUUGUGAUAUUCCCACUACUACUUAUAAUAAUGUCGUUAAACCAUUUAAUACUACCGUUCAAAAACCUUCAUUUUUAGAUAGUUAUGUCAAAUUUUUACGUGGUGGCGCUAGCUGUACAACAGUAGAAAAAGAAGAAAUAUGUUUUGAUUUACCGAAAAAGUUAAUAUAUCCUUUAUCAUGUUCAACUCCUAAACCUAUGCCCAAACCAUACAUACCAUUAAAAAAACCAAAGAUUGUAUCAGUAAGCGAAAAUUUAACACCAUCUCGAAAUGGUUCUAGCGAAGAUAAUAAAAAGAUAAGCAAUGUUACAACUACAACUGAUGAUGAUCCACGGUAUUUUCCAUUGCCUAAAACAUCAUCAUCAAUAGCUGGUAUUAGUGAUGAUAAAAGUGAUGGUAGUAAUGAUGGUAAUAGUUGGAUGUCAGGUGAUGAUGAUCAAGAACAGUGGUGGAUAACUUCAUCAAAAAGACCAUUCAAUUCUGCAACAUCGGUAGCAAAAAAUAAAUUAGGAAAAGCGAGUAAAAAAAAGAAAAAUAGCGGUAAAAAAGUUUCUACAAAUUCUGCUAAAGCAAACAAAAAACAAAAAACACAACAUACUCAACAGCCUAAAAGACAAUUAUCCCGUCGAUUAGCAAAAGAGAAAACCCAAAAGUUAAUCAGUAAUAUAGAUGGUGUAUUAGAUGAAGAUGAUGAUUUAUUGUCAGAACCUGAUUCAGAUAUUGACCCUGCCUGGAAACCAAACAGUGAUGAUAAUGAUGUAUCUAAAGACGACUUUAAUUCAAAUUUGAAUCGUCGUAAUUUCAGUCAUAAAAAGUUUUCAAAAAGUGAUCAUACACCAUCUACAUCAUCAUCAAUCAAUAAUAAUAACAAUGAUCAGUCUGAUGAUUCAAAUGCACCAUUGUUUAAGUCUGGUACAUUUGUUGCACUAAAAAGUCAAUAUUUAAAUAGUGACCAAAGCAUUCCUCAACAAUUGUGGCGAGUCGAUGGAAAAUCAUUAUUACAAAAAUAUAAACGGUGUAAUGGAGAUAAUGUGUAUAAAAGUGUGUCAACUUAUACUGGCUGGAAUCCAUCACAUUAUAGUAUGUAUCGUCAAGUUACUGUCCAAUUUGUUCCUACAUACAAGGGUGUAAAGAUUGUUCAAAAUAAGAGUUCCACUCAGGUUUUGGUACAGUUAGUAAGUGAUGACGAUAACAAAACCAUAAAAAAUAAUUCUGUUGUCAACACUGAAGUCGAUUCAUCAAAUUGUAAUUCUAUAUCUAAAUCAAAAACUAAGGCUUUUCAUUCUGUUUCAUCUAACACUAUUGAUUCUGCCAAAGAUCAAAACGUGAUGCUACGUGCCCAAUUUGAUGUGUAUAUUCAAUCUUUAGCAUCACAAGCAUUAGACCAAAAUUUUUUGGUAGAAAUUUAUCGUGAAAAUGAUGAAUACUUUUUAAGCAAUGUACGUGCCAUUGACAAAGUAACACAAACUUGGGUGGAGGCCAUAGAUUCUGCCAUUAUAAGAGAUUUAGUGACAGAUUUGACUAAAGUAGAAAAUAUACGUACAUUGAUAAAAAGAUAUCCAACCAUGGAAAUGUAUACAACAGAUGAAAGCUCAGUUCAUAAUAUUCAACUGCGUUGCAUAGUAUGUGGCUAUCAAGGAUUUGUGGAUAAACAACGAAAAUUUGUUGAAAUAUCAUUGUCUGGUACGGAGUACAAUAAUCGGACAUUAAAAAAUUCUGAAAAUAAUAGGCCAUUUUCUAAGAUUAUGCCUGCCAAGCGAGUGAACUGUUGUUCUAGUACUCAGUGUUCUGAAAAGGUCAUUAUUUUGCAUAGUCUUGAACACCUUAAGUAUCAACUUUACCAAGAAUGUUGCAAACGUGUAACUAUUGAAAAUAAUAAUAGGAAUAAAUUAACUCAAGACACGACUACUGUUCUUAACCGGUUGUUAGCAGAUGAUACAUGGAUUGAAAAUUUGUAUCAGACUGUAUGCAACACAUGGGACCGAGCCAAGAGGUUAGUUUCCAACGAUCAAUAAGUUCUGCUCUGUUUAUUUUAUUAAUUUAAUUAUUUUAUGUAUACGAUAUUUUAAAAAUGUUCGUCAUGAUUGGUUAUUUAAAUAACCACAGUUGUUGGUGGUCUUAUCACGUUACCAAUAACUUGUUAAAAUGUUAGUGCCUUUUCAUUAUUUAUUGAAUCCAUUUCAUUAUUGCCAUUGUAAAAUUUUGUAUUAUAUUCAAAUUUGCCAGCCAAGCCUUUGUACUUUUGAAAGUUGAAUAAUUUAUUUUUGUAUGCUAUUUAUGUUUGUUAUUUAUUGUCAUAAACAAUUAUUAUAUUGUCAUCACAUAAAUAAAUAUUUAUAUACAUGAAAUAUCAUUAUAAAUGUUACCACCGAAGUCUGUCUACUUAUGUUAACUGAGAUGAAACGUAUAAAACCAAACAUUAUUAAUUAAAUCUUAUGUUUACUUCUUUUAGAAUAUUUUAAACUAAUUAUUACACAAAUGAUAGAAUAUAUAAAUUGAGUUGGUUAUGAUUAAUUAAAUUAGUAAAUCAAGUUUAAAUUAUUGUUUAAAAAGACUUACUUAAAGAUACAAUCAAUUAUGAUUACUGAUUCCUAAUAAUUGUAGCUAUGGGAGUAACUGAUUUCCUUUUAAGUGUAAUAUGUAUAUGGGUGCUCAUCGGGAGGGUGAAAGAAGGGACACUUGCCUACAUUACCUGAAAUGAUAUGAACUUCUUAAAUAAUAAAUAUUAUUAUUAUAAGGAUUUGAUUAAUAAGUAUAAUAUAUAAAUACAAUUUUUUUCUUUUCCCGCCCCUCAUUAUCUUUACAAAUGAGUGCCCAUAACUUGGUAUUAUUGGUGCUGUAGUAUUAAAUAAUUAUUUUUAUGUAUUAAUGUUUUAUUUUAAAUUUAAUUUGAUGAUUUUUUUUCGGUUUCAUCAAUUUAUUUCCUGAUGAUAAAUUAUACUAAUAGAUAUUCAUUCAUGACUAUUGCCUAUUAAUAAUUAUUAAAUUGAUAUUUUCAAUAAAUCUUUGUUAAAAAGUGAAUGGACUUCAAUGCUAACACAUAAA